UCAGCAUUGAUAAGUUGUUUGUGCCAAAACAAAACAAAAAGGAACUAAAUUUUCGUUGAGAAAAUUAAAUAAAUUUAAAAGUUUUAUGUAUUCAUUAAAAUUAAACAAUUAAGGGACUUGAGUAAUUGCUCAGCAAGCUUAUCCACAAACAAAAAAUCAGUACGUUGUUUGUAUCACAUCAGUCUUCAUCAACAAAUUGUGGGGUUACGUUUUACAUGUAACAAGAAUUAUAAAAAUUCCCAUUUUGGGCAAAGAACUAUAUUUUGAAAAGUACAUUUUCACAAAUAUAAUAUAUUAUUAUAAUAUAUAUACCAAUAUUUCGGUUUUGGUUUAUUAAUAUUUACAUAACCUCAAAAUCCCACGUUUUAUAAGGACUCAGAGAGAUUCACCAUGGUAAAAGCUGCAAGUGAGGGAAAUGUAAAAGCGCAGAAUAUCCAAAUAAAUUCAUCUAUAGCAAAGAAGAAAAAAAAAAUUAAGAAAAAGAAAGUCAGUAUUACCAAUACUCAAGGCAAAGCGGAAGGGGAGGCGAAGCCUGCAGCCAAAGUAGGAGAAUGCAAAGUUGAUUUGCCCAUUGAUGACGACAUUACCUCCCGGUACCCGGUGUUGAAGGACGAGCAGCUCGUGAAGAGGUUCCUAGAUGUUCCCAUGAAUAAUAACCAGAAAGGACGACUGCGUCUACAAAUAAAGGACAAACUGAAAGGAACAUCAGAAGUAAUUCUUCCUGACGUAAUAUACAAUAGAAUACAAUGUAUACUGAAAGCUAAUACCAACUUAACGGACACGGACCUUAGAAAAAUAAGGAUUCUAUACAACAUGUUGAUAUCAGCUUUAAAAGGGGAGAAUCCAACAGAACCGACAAACAAAAAAAAUGAAAAAAUCGACAGGAAAAGAUCUUCACCCUUACCGGAGAAGACAGAUGAUAUUAGAAAAGAUAAAAAAGCAGUAGAGAAGAAAGUUAAAGGAAAGAAAAGAUAUGUCGUGUUUCUUGGGAAUCUGCCAUUACAUAUUGAUAAGGGAAAGAUAUUGAACCAUUUCUCAGAGUUGGGCGACCAGGUGAUAGACGUCCGCAUCCCCAAACGUCCUGAGAAUAGUAAGAGCGCCAUCGCCUACGUGGAACUUACCAAUGAACCAACUUAUGAGUUGGCGCUAUCGAAACAUCACUCGAUGUUGGGGAACCGACGGAUUAAUGUUCACUACACUGUACAGAAAAACGGGAAAAUCACCAAGGGUGAAGCCAAGAGCAAGUCUGCAAAGAUGGUAGCCCUGCAGAAAUCCGGCAAGCUGCUAGGCAGCAUUCCAGCCAAUAGGAAACGAAGCCACCGCCGCAUGAAGAUGAAACAGGCGCUGGCUAAACAACAGCUACAGGAGAAUGCAUAAUUUAUUUUAUUGUUAUUAAAGUGUUUAAAACAAAAUUAUAAAAUAUUUGGAUA